AUGUCCAUUUCCGCCUCCAAAGCCAAAAGAGAACAGAAGCGUGCCGAGAGAGAGGCCGCCAAGUCCGCCGCCGGCAAGUCGACCAAAAAGACCAAGAAACAGGUCGCCAAAGACUCCGAAGAAAAGGAAGAAGACGAUGCUGCCGCCCAGAUCGCCAAGUUGAAGUUGCAGACCGACGAGCACGGAUUGUCCGACAGAGUCACCACCGGUGUGCUCGACUCCUUGGAAACGUCCAAGGAUAUCAAGAUCUCGUCGCUUUCGUUGUUGUUCCACGGUAAGGUGCUUAUCCAGGACUCCGUGUUGGAAUUGAACUACGGCAGAAGAUACGGUUUGUUGGGAGAGAACGGAUGUGGUAAGUCGACGCUUUUGAAGUCGCUUGCUGCGCGUGAGUACCCCAUCCCGGAGGCCAUUGAUGUGUACUUGUUGAACGAGCCCGCAGAGCCUUCCGAGUGGUCUGCGUUGGAGUACGUUGUGCGUGAGGCCGAGGCUGAGUUGAAGCGUUUGGAGGACUUGGUCGAGGAUAUCAUCAUCAAGGAGGGCCCCGAGCAUCCAUCUUUGGAGGGUCUCUACGAGCGUAUCGACUCCAUGGACCCCUCCACCUUCGAGUCCCGCGCCGCCGUCAUCUUGCACGGUUUGGGUUUCAACGGUGUCACCAUCAACAAGAAGACCAAGGACAUGUCUGGUGGUUGGAAGAUGCGUGUGGCGCUCGGUAAGGCGCUUUUCGUCAAGCCCACCCUUUUGCUUUUGGACGACCCCACUGCGCACUUGGACUUGGCCGCCUGUGUGUGGUUGGAAGAGUACUUGAAGCGUUGGGACAGAACCUUGAUUCUUGUUUCCCACUCCCAGGAUUUCUUGAACGGUGUGUGUACCAACAUGAUCGACAUGAGAAUGAAGGUCCUUAUGCAAUACGGUGGUAACUACGACUCCUACGUCAAGACCAGAGCUGAGUUGGAGACCAACCAGAUGAAGCAAUACAACAAGCAGCAAGAAGAAAUUGCCCACAUCAAGAAGUUUAUUGCUUCGGCCGGUACCUACGCCAACUUGGUCAGACAAGCCAAGUCCAGACAAAAGAUCUUGGACAAGAUGGAGGCCGACGGUUUGAUCCAGGCUGUGGUUCCAGACAAGGUGUUCUCCUUCCGUUUCCCAGAUGUCGAGAAGUUGCCUCCUCCAGUGUUGGCCUUCGACAACAUGUCUUUCUCCUAUUCCGGCAAAGACGAAGACAACUUGUACGAAAACUUGGACAUUGGUAUCGAUAUGGACUCGCGUGUUGCCCUUGUUGGUCCUAACGGUGUGGGUAAGUCCACCUUGUUGAAGUUGUUCCAAGGUCAAUUGAUUCCUCAAAAGGGUAGAGUGAUCCAGCACACCCACAUCAAAUUGGGUGUCUACUCCCAACACUCGCAGGACCAAUUGGACUUGACCAAGACGCCCUUGGAGUUUAUCAGAGACAGGUUCCCAGAGAUCUCCCAGGACUUCCAGUACUGGAGACAACAAUUGGGUCGUUACGGUUUGACCGGUGAGGGCCAAACCUCCCAGAUGGCUACUUUGUCCGAGGGUCAAAGAUCCAGAGUUGUUUUUGCAUUGUUGGCCAUUGAGUCACCUAACUUGAUUUUGUUGGAUGAGCCUACUAACGGUUUGGACUUGUCCACCAUCGAUUCCUUGGCUGAGGCCAUCAACGCUUUCAACGGUGGUGUUGUCGUCGUGUCGCACGAUUUCAGAUUGUUGGACAAGGUUGCCAAGGACAUUUACGUCAUCGAGAACAAGACUGCCACCAGAUGGGAGGGUGGUAUCUUGUCCUACAAGAAGAAGUUGGCCGAGGCUGUUGUGCUUUAA